AUGGCGAAGCUGUUGGUGCUCACCCUCUUGGGACUGGGGCUGGCCUUCUUCAGGGAUCACCGGUCCUCUUAUCUAGCAAGAAUGAACGCUUCCCGAGAAGUAAAAUCGGUAGAACUUCCUAACUGUAAAUUAAUAAAAGGAAUAGAAACUGGCGCUGAAGACCUGGAGAUACUUCCCAAUGGACUCGCUUUCUUUAGCACCGGAUUACGAUAUCCUGGAGUAAAAAGCUUUGAACCUGAUAAGCCUGGAAAAAUACUUCUGAUGGACAUGAACGAAGAGGAUCCUACAGUGUUGGAACUGAAGAUGACUGGAAGUAACUUUGAUGCGUCUUCAUUUAACCCUCAUGGCAUUAGCACAUUCACAGAUGAAGAUAAUACUGUGUACCUGCUGGUGGUGAGCCAUCCAGAUUUUAAGUCCACAGUUGAGUUGUUUAAAUUUCAAGAAGAAGAAAAGUCGCUUUUGCAUCUGAAAACCAUCAGACAUGAACUUCUGCCUAAUUUGAAUGACCUUGUUGCUGUGGGCCGUGAACACUUCUAUGCCACCAACGAUCACUAUUUUGUGGACCAGUACAUGAGAUCCUGGGAAUUAUAUUUGGGUCUAGCAUGGUCAAAUGUUGUUUACUACAGUCCAGAUGACGUUCGAGUGGUGGCCAGUGGAUUUGAUUUAGCUAAUGGAAUCAGCAUGUCACCUGACCACAAGUAUGUCUAUAUAGCUGAAUUGCUGGCUCAUAAGAUUCACGUGUAUGAAAAGCAUGCUAAUCGGACUUUAACUCCAUUGAAGUCUCUGGACUGUGACACGCUCGUGGAUAACAUAUCCGUGGACCCUGUGACAGGGGACCUGUGGGUUGGCUGCCACCCCAAUGGCUUGAAAAUCUUCUCCUAUGACCCAGAGAAUCCUCCUGGAUCAGAGGUGCUCCAAAUCCAGAAUAUUUUAGCAGAAGAACCCAGAGUUACAGUGGUUUAUGCAGAAGAUGGUAAAGUGUUACAUGGAAGUACGGUUGCUUCUGUGUACAAAGGGAAAAUGCUGGUUGGAACCGUGUUCCAAAAAGCUCUUUACUGUGAGCUCUGA